GGGGCGGGGCCGGGGUGCCCUGUGCGCUUGGCCGGGCGCGCGGCGUGGGCCGCGCGGACCCGGGCGCGGGUGGGGGCGGCGGCGGCGGCGACAUGGUGCUGUGCCCGGUGAUCCGGAAGCUGCAGCAGCAGCGCGUGGUGCUGGCCAGCGCGUCCCCGCGCCGCCAGGAGAUCCUCAGCAACGCGGGCCUCAGGUUCGAGGUGGUCCCUUCCAGGUUCAAAGAGAAGCUGCACAAGGCCUCGUUCGCCAGCCCGUACGCGUACGCCGUGGAAACGGCCAAGCAGAAGGCCCUGGAGGUGGCCGGCAGGAUGCACCAGAAGGACCUGCGGGCCCCUGACGUGGUCAUCGGAGCAGACACCAUCGUGGCGGCGGCCGGGCUCAUCCUGGAGAAGCCGGUGGACAAGCAGGACGCCUACCGCAUGCUGUCCAGGCUGAACGGGAAGGAGCACAGCGUGUUCACGGGCGUGGCCAUCGUCCACUGCUGCAGCAAAGGCGGCCAGCUGGACACGGAGGUGUGGGAGUUCUACGAGGAGACGGUGGUGAAGUUCUCGGAGCUGUCGGAGGAGCUGCUGUGGGAGUACAUCGACAGCGGGGAGCCCAUGGACAAGGCCGGCGGCUACGGGAUCCAGGCGCUGGGCGGGAUGCUGGUGGAGUACGUGCGCGGGGACUUCCUCAACGUCGUGGGCUUCCCCCUGAACCGCUUCUGCAAGGAGCUGGUGCGGCUGUACAGCCUGCCCCGGCCGCAGGGCCUGCAGCGGCUCAAGCACGACUCCAUCCCCGCCGUCGACUCCUUGGAGCACCUGAGCGACACGGAGGGCGGUGGCGCAGUCCUGGCUCGGAGCACCGGGGGCGGCCGUGGUGGCGAGGAGGCGGGUGGAGGCCGGCCCCAGGCUCCGGGCACAUGGGACGCGGACCUUAACGGGGUGACGCAGAGCCGGCCCCCGUUCCCCACCGGCCUCCUGGAGCUGAUGGACGGCUUCAAAGCAUCCAAGGCCCUGUUCACGGCUUGCAAGCUCAAAGUGUUUGAUGUGCUAAGAGACCAAGGCCCGCUGGAGGCCGUGGACGUCGCCCGUGAGAUCGACGCCUCCGCGGCGGGGACCGAGUGGUUGCUGGAUGUCUGCGUGACCCUGGGGUUACUGGAGAGGACGGACAGAGGUUACAGCAACACACAGGCAGCGACCCUGCACCUGGUGUCGGACAGCGAGCACUCUCUCCACGGCCUCGCCGAGUACAACGACGCCCACGUGUGGGGCGUCUUCACGCGCCUGGGCCUGGCCGUGCGGAAGGAGGCGGAGCAGGGCCUCGGGGCGCUGGGGGCGAUGCAGGAGGAGCACCUGGCCCAGGACCGCCCCCACCACCAGAGCACGGAGGGGACGCUGCGGCUCAUGAGGGCCGUGCACGGCCUCAGCAAGCUGACCGCCCACCACGUGGCCACGGCCUUCGACCUGUCCCGGUUCAGCUCCGCCUGCGACCUGGGAGAGCUGAACUCUGGAGACCUGCCGAGGGUCUCACAUGUGCUUCCCGCAGGCUGCACGGGCGUCCUGGCCCGCGAGCUGGCCCAGCAGUACCCGCAUCUGCAGGUGACUGUGUUUGACCUCCCCGAGGUCAUUGAGCUCGCCGGGGGCUUUCAUCCCGUCGGACGACAGACAGAGCGGAUCCGCUUUGUGCCAGGUGACUUUUUCAAAGACAGCCUCCCGGAAGCAGAUCUGUACAUCCUUUCUAGAAUCCUCCACGACUGGCCGGAUGACAAACUCCACGCGUUACUGAGCCGGGUCUCGAGCAGCUGCACAUCAGGCGGCGGCCUCCUGGUGGCAGAAGCGGCGCCCGCGGAGGAGGAGGAGGAGGGGGCGGCGCGGGGCCCCCGGCUGCGGACCCUGAGCGCCGGGCGGCCCCGGAGCCCCGACGAGUACCGGCGUCUCCUGCAGCGACACGGCUUCCGGGACGUGCAGGUGGCGCGCGCGGGGGACCUGCUGCGCGUGGCCCUGGGCGCGCGAGCGGCGCCCUGAGGGUCACCGGGAGCCCGGCGGGGCCCACCGUCCGGCAGGGAAUGUCUCCUGGACAGCAGGUGUCCCCGGACCGAUUAAAGGAGGCGGAAGGCGCGGCGGUCUCCGCGCGUGUCUCUGGGGCUGCGGGCGCGGGGGAUGCGCCCGGGAGGGACGGUGAGGGGUGCGCCGGCCGGGACCGUGGAUGGGGGCACCGAUGGAACCACGGGGGAUGCGCGGGCCGGGAGCGCGGGG